AUGAACCGCAGCAGCAGCCGAAGCUCCCACGCCCGGGCUCGCCCAGCUCAGGGACGCCUUAGCUGCAACCCUGGGUCGAGGCCCAGCUCCGUUGCGCAGAAAGCCGAGGCCAACCAGAGCAUUUCCUGGACGAGACCUCUGGGCCCGCGGGGCCAGUUCCUCCUACCAGCUUCCUGCUGCCAUCUCCCCUUCCAUCAGAGGGACGCUCAGGAUGGCGCAGGGGCCCGGAGACACUGUGAAGAGUCCAGGGAAGUGAGGAGGGACUGGGCCGGGCAGCCUCAGGCCCAUCGCAGGACAGCACUUCUCACUUCUGAGCAGAGAUCAGCCACUGCCAAGGUGGACAACUUGAGGUAUGGAGUAUAUCCUCUCCAGGGAGGAGGUGGAUGCCCUGGGACUGAGAGGCAUCUCCUGGCAUACUCUUUUUUUGAUAAGGGACCAUUGACAUUCGUGGAUGUGGUAAUAAAAUUUUCUCCAGAAGAGUGGCAAUUCCUGGACACUGCACAGCAGAAUUUAUAUAGGGAUGUGAUGUUAGAGAACUACAGAAACCUGGUCUUCCUGGGUAUUGGUGUCCCUAAACCAGAUUUGAUCACCUGUCUGGAGCAAGGAAAAGAGCCCUGGAAUAUGAAAAGACACAAGAUGGUAGCCAAACCCUCAGUUGUGUAUGCUCAUUUUGCCCAAGACCUUUGGCCAGAGCAGGGCAUAAAAGAUUCUUUCCCAAAAGUAAUACUGAGAAGAUGUGGAAAAUAUGGACAUGACAAUUUACAAUUAAGAAAAGGCUGUGAAAGUGUGGAUGAGUGUAAGAUGCACAAAGGAGGUUAUGAUGAAAUUAAGCAAUGUUUGAUAACUACCUGGAGCAAAAUAUUUCAAUGUGAUAAAUAUGUAAAAGUCUUUCAUAAAUUUUCAAGUUCAAAUAGCCAUAAGAUAAGACAUACUGGAAAUAAUUCUUUCAAAUGUAAAGAAUGUGGCAAAUCAUGUUGCAUGCUUUCACACCUAACUCAGCAUGAAAGAAAUCAUACUAGAGUGAAUCGUUACAAAUGUAAAGAAUGUGGCAAAGCCUUUAGUAUGCCCUCAAGUCUUAAUAAUCAUAAGAUAAUUUAUACUGGAGAGAAACCCUACAAAUGUGAAGAAUGUGGCAAAGCUUAUAACUGGCCUUCAAUCAUUAGUAAACAUAAGAUAAUUCAUACUGGAAAGAAACCCUACAAAUGUGAAGAAUGUAGUAAAGCCUUUAGUGAGUCCUCAAGCCUUAAUAUUCAUAAGAGAGUUCAUACUGGAGAGAAACCCUACAAAUGUGAAGAAUGUGACAAAGCCUUUAGUGAGUCCUCAAGCCUUAAUAAUCAUAAGAGAAUUCAUACUGGAGAGAAACCCUACCAAUGUGAAGAAUGUGGCAAAGACUUUAUUGUGUCCUCAAGCCUUAGUAAACAUAAGAGAAUUCACACUGGAGAGAAACCCUACAAAUGUAAAGAAUGUGGCAAAGCCUUUAAUGUGUCCUCAUGCCUUAAUUAUCAUAAGAGAAUUCAUACUGGAGAGAAACCCUACAAAUGUAAAGAAUGUGGCAAAGCCUUUAUUGUGUCCUCAAGCCUUAGUAAACAUAAGAGAAUUCAUACUGGAGAGAAACCCUACAAAUGUAAAGAAUGUGGCAAAGCCUUUAAUGUGUCCUCAUGCCUUAAUUAUCAUAAGAGAAUUCAUACUGGAGAGAAACCCUACAAAUGUGAAGAAUGUGACAAAGCCUUUAGUAUGUCCUCAAGCCUUAGUAAACAUAAGAGAAUUCAUACUGGAGAGAAACCCUACAAAUGUGAAGAAUGUGGCAAAGCUUUUAAAAUAUGUGCACACCUUACUACACAUAACAGAAUUGAUACUGGAGAGAAACCCUACAAAUGUGAAGAAUGUGGCAAAGCCUUUAACCCAUCCUCAUCCCUUACUGUACAUAACAGAAAUCAUACUGGAGAAAAACCUUACAAAUGUAAACAAUGUGGCAAAGGUUUUAUCGAAUCCUCAUCCCUUACUAAAUAUAAGAUAAUUCAUACUGCAGAGAAACCCUACAAAUGUGAAGAAUGUGGCAAAGCCUUUAACAAGUCCUCAAUUCUUAACAUACAUAAGAUGAUUCAUACUAAAGAGCAAGCACAAACCUUAAAGGUGUGA